GCAUACAUUGGAACCCAUUGCGCCGCUAGUUUCCUACCGUCGGAAGCCGUACCGGCUAACCACGGUGGAAAGGCCCACAGAUACUAUGCAUUGGAGGGUCAUGUGUCCUGGUUUGGGGGUUGGGGAAGGAAGGCCGAUCGUAGGCAUAUGGGUAAGUCCUUUUCCGAUUCCGACAUCGAUCCAAGCCUCGGAAUGAGCGUUGUGGAGACCAACACCAACAUGCUCCGCGCACGCGUCUUCAACAACUCUUCUACUUGA